UGUCGAUGAGACUUCAUGCCGCGCCCUUUAUGUUGACCACGGCAUAUCUGGAACGAUGCUCAUGAGCCCGGGCGGGCGGGCGGCAAAGAGGAACAUGAGUAUAAGGGUUGUCCUCCAUGACAUCUGCCUGAGAAGGUCUCUCUCGCUCUUGUCUUCUCCUUGGCUCUUCGAACUGCAACUCACUAGCUUUCCCCACCGGUACCUCUUCUCUUCGAUAGCUCUUAUCCGAACACACGCUCAUCGAGCCAAGCCAUCACCAUGAAGUUCCACCACCUAGCCCUCACGGCCUCCCUCCUCUUCCAGGAGACACUAGCCCAAUACGCCACAGCAGCCAUGAUGCGCUUCCAAUGCAGCCAACUCUCCAUCGAGCGUCUCGACCCGCUCGUCAACCCGGGCAUGCUCCCCUCCACGCACAUGCACCAGAUCGUCGGCGGCAACUCCUUCAACGCGACCAUGACGCCGGGUGACUACGACCCGUCCGCCAAGUCCACCUGCACCACCUGCUCCUUCGCCGAGGACUUUUCCAACUACUGGACGGCCAACUUGUACUUCCGGGCCAAGAACGGGAGCUAUAAGCGGGUGCCGCAGAUGGUUAACCUGGGACUGAAGGGCAAGGGGGGGAUUACCGUGUAUUAUAUCCCGCCGUAUGAUGGGAAGACGAAGGUUACUGCUUUUAAGCCUGGCUUCCGCAUGCUGGUAGGCGACGCCAUGCUCCGCUCUAACCGCGGCAUGCAAAAGCAAAUCUGCCAUCGAUGUGAGCACAACAUUGAGCAGAGUCCCUUUGGCGGUGCGCCCUGCACGGGCGAUGAUACCGUCACUUUUCCUAAUAAGAUGUGUCCGGGUGGGAUUCGCACGACUAUUACCUUCCCUACCUGCUGGGACGGCAAAAACGUCGACUCCCCCGACCACAAAUCGCACGUCGCCUACCCCUCCACCGGCACCUUCGAGUCCACCGGCCCCUGCCCCGCCAGCCACCCCGUCCGUCUCCCGCAACUCAUGUACGAAGUCAUGUGGGACACUCGGCAGUUCAACGAAAAGGCCAUCUGGCCCGACAAGGGACAACCGCUUGUGUACUCGAUGGGUGACGGGACCGGGUACGGCCAGCACGGCGACUACGUGUUUGGGUGGAAGGGAGACGCGCUACAGAAGGCGCUGGAUGCGCGGUGCAGCGGUGAUCGGUGCUCGCAGCUCAAGACGCAGACGCCGGAGCAGGCGUUGGCUUGUUUCAAGAAGCAGACGGUGAAGGAGGAGACGGAGGGGUGGGUCUCGGAGCUGCCGGGGGGGAUGCAGGUUACGUAUCAGUAGAGGAUAUGAAGGAAAGAAGGAAGGGGGUAAGAGAUGUUGUUUGAUGGAAGAUGGGGCCAGCCCGUUACCGUGUUAUCUU